AUGUCCAAGUUUCCCAAUCAUGGCCUCUUCGCUAGGACUGCUGCUGCCUCGACGCGCUCCUCCUCGAUCAUAGCCCAUGCAAGCAGGCGUGCUCCACGACGCCGAUCAGCUGCCAUCACACCACUCGCCUCGCUUUUGCUGCCCAGCUCGAGUACCGCCUCUUCCUCUAGCGCCAGCACCAACAUCAGUGCAUCGCAACCAUCUUCUUCACAAACGCCUUUCAUUGGCCCUCUCACCCUAGCCGCUUCGCAAAACGCCUCGGCUCAGCAGACGCCCAGCAACACUGAUACCCGCAACGAUACUACCGCAUCCUCGUCAAACCCAUACAAUCACCACGACCUAGAUCAGCGAUGCGCUCCCGAAUCCUAUGCUGAGCAUGCUUUAAACAGCACGCGAGCAUCCGAUUCGCAAUCCCGCGCUUUCGUCCAUCUUCUCGAAAGCGAUCUGACCUUUGCAGCAUCCACACUUGCCUUGGCAGAUGUGCCAUUCUCUACAUCAGCACACUCGCAUCUCUUUGCAUCGCCAAACACCCCCUCAGCCACUUUCUCAGCUGCAGCUCGUCAUCUCGCAAGGGCGCAGGCCUCCGCUUUCCCGCUUCCUUCUCUAGACCGUGCGUCACCCCAUCCCAAUGCUUCAGCCUAUUCAUUACCCCAUGCACGCGGCGUUCACAUCUUCUACCCAAAUGCAGCUGCAUCCCAUGCACUCAGCAGCGUGACAAGCUCGUCAUUGGAGUCGCCUUACAAUCUCUCUGGCCUCAAUGGCCGCUCAUUGCCGCCAAGCAAGAGGUCAUUUCAAAGAUCAAGAGAUGCUUCACGGCAACCAGCCGAUUACGUUCCCCUGUGGAACGCAUCCACCGCCCCAGGGCCUUCCACUUAUUCCCGCACUACCCAGCAGAGCGACUCGGCAUUGCUCGAGGAGCGUCUUGAAAAUCUUGCUCUACUUCCUCAUGAUGCUUCCAGCUCAGAUCUUCUUCGCAACCCUGCCUUUGAUGUUCCAACCAAUCUCCUUGCCAGUGGCCCACUGCCUUCAGACUUCCGAUCCAACAACCCUCUCGAUCACGUUGACCAUGCAUCAGCUACGUCUUACAGGCACACCGCCUCAGCAGUCUCCCAUCAAGCGUUUGCGGAUUUCGGUCGUGGCCCUUCUCACUCGACGUGCGACUCACACUCGGAUGCAUAUUUCUCAAGUCACCCAGGAACUGUCAACUGGACAGAUAACGACAACAGGAGCUCCGCAAGGCAGUCUUCCUCUUCGUCCUCUUCCAAAUCAUCGUCGAGCUCAUCAUCUUCCAAAUCAUCUCGCUCACCAACCCCGACCAUCUCAGCUCGUCCUCAUCUCGCCACUUCCUCCGCCAAGCAGGACUCCUCGGGCAGUCACGGGAGCGGCUCGAGUACGCCAACGAGUAACAAGGGUCUUUCGCCUUACCAGAUCGAGAACGCACUUCUCGGUCCGACAUCGCUUCUCACAACCGCAACACAUGCCGCCCGAGCCAACUACGAUCAACGCCGCCGCGCCGCAGCCGCAGCACUAACCGAAACAUCAGAAGCAGCAAAUCAGCCACCACUAUGGACAGCCUCUCUCUCUUCGCCCAAACAUCGCAAGUUGCACUACGCCUUCCAGCACGGCGCCUAUGGUAUUCCGAAGCGCCAUCCUUGGGCUGCUGUCCGUGGCAACGGCAACCGAGUUCAGCCAACGCCAGCCAAACCUCUUGCUAGGUCAGGUGCUGUUGGGAUGCUCGCUGCAGCAGCCGACUUUCUCACAGGCUCUGCAGGCCCUUCUGCACCAUCAGCACCGAAAGCGAAACUUGGCGGCGAGGCACUUGUCGCAGAGGAUGGUCGACGUCUUGGUCUCAACUCGCCCAUCCGCGAACAUGGCAGGGUCGUCCAAGAUCGCCUCCAGUCCGUUCAGGUCGGCGAAGAUGCUUACUUCCUGCGAUCAGAUUCCAUCGGUGUCGCAGAUGGCGUCGGAGGCUGGGCCUCGCGCGCUGGCGCCGAUCCCGCCCUCUUCUCCCGCCUUCUCAUGCACUUCUGCGCCGCCGAGCUGAGCAAGUUCGAUGACUUGAGCGCUGAUGAGCUGGUAGCUCAUGGCGGCAAGAAGCUCAAGGAAUGGGAACAGCUCGAUCCAGUCGAAGUCAUGCACAUCGCAUGGGAACGUUGUGUCCGUGCUUCUCGUCGUGAAGGUAUUCUCGGAUCAUCGACGGCGCUCCUCGCAGUCCUCAGAGGCGACGAGCUGCGCAUCGCCAAUCUCGGUGAUUGCGUCCUGCUCAUCAUCCGUGCAGGCGAGCUUCUCUUCCGCUCUACCGAACAACAGCAUUCUUUCAACUUCCCCGUCCAACUUGGUAUGAUGGGUCACACAGCAGAGAGCGUCACCAUUGCUGCUAAUCGCACCCUCGCUCGCGAUGGCUUCCUUCAGUCUGGCGCCUCCGACGAUCUGGAUGACAAUGCCCCCAACCCGCUUGGGACUACUACGCCUGCAUCCAUGGAUGAAGCUCGAAAGGGCAAGCCCAACAUCUCUCCCGCUGUCGAUGGCGACGAAGCGGAAGAAGCCGAAUGGGAUGAACCACGUCGCGAUGCUGGCCGUUGGUCCGUCAAGGUACAGAAAGGCGACAUCAUCGUCGUUGGCAGCGAUGGGCUCGUAGACAACUUGUUCGAUGAGGACAUUGUAGAGGAAGUUCUCAAAUUCGCUCCACCUCCUGUAUCGCAAGUGUCCAUCCCGGAAGACGACAAAGUCUCACUAGAGGAUGGAAAUCGCAUCAUCGAGGGAGAGGAGGACUAUCGACUGCCGGAUGACUUUGACCCCCAAUUGGUGUCGGAAGCUCUCUGUUCCCGAGCCAAGGCUGUCUCAGAAGACUCUCGUGCUGUCAGCUCGCCCUUCCAGCAACGAGCCAUGGAGGAAGGUCUCCACUAUGUUGGUGGUAAGCACGACGACAUCUCUGUUGUAGUUGCUGUUGUCGGGGACCCUUCCGAACGCCUCACCAAAGCCGGCUAUUCUGUCGGAUCAGAGCAAGGCGGCCCGAUUGGCUCAGACCUUGGUCGAGGCGGAGCUGGACAAGUUCCGGUCUGA